AUGGUCCUCUCCCGUCCGUUGCUGCUCUGCUGCGCGCUGUCCGCCGCGAACGUCAAUGCGUCCGCUGACUUUCCCGACUUGGGCAAGUACACGCAACUGUGUGAGCCCUAUACCUGUCGUGCAAAGCGCGCGUUGGUCCCGGUCAAAGACUUUGAGUUUACGACCAAUGGCUGCGGCACUUCGGGUAUGUCGGUGACGUCCAAUCAGGAGUUUCUCGAAUGCUGCAACUGGCACGACGCAUGCUACAGCGUCUGCGGGAUGCCGAAAGCCAAUUGCGAGAAACGCUUUCAAAAGUGUCUGAAAGAGAAAUGUGGCGACGUUCGGGACGCCACAAAGCGUGGCGAGUGUUUAUCAGCUGCCCGUAUUUUUUACGUCAGCGCCAACAUGAUUGCGUGUCCAGCCUUCCACGAUGCACAGAAAGAAGCGUGCGAGUGCGUGCCGACGAAGGAAGCCGCAGACGCUAUCCGCGAGCGUCUCGUGUACUUCCUCGAAGUGAAUGGCGCGCCAGAAGACGAGCUUGCGGACGAGGCUCUGGACGCUCUGUUGGCAAAGUACAAGGGCCGGGAGCACACCAUGUUCCUGCGCCUGCUGAAGAAGUACCCGGACGCUCUCAAGCUGGACCCGCAAAAGUCCAACUAUCUCGACGACGUUGUUCGCGAUGCCGACGAGAGUCUGAAGGACAUGGAGAAGAACGAGGCGGCCACCCGCGGGACGGACGAGUACGUGGACGAACACGAAGAGCUCUAG